UUAAAGGUAUGGAUGGAAUGAUUCGCCUUGCUGAAAGUUGUCCAAAACAUUCUAACAUUUAUGGAUGUCCAUCUCGCCCUCAAAGAAUCAUGUCAAGUCUGUCAAAUUCUUACUGUAAAUUAUCUCAAAUACCAGGGUUUAUAUCCGGUCCUGAUUCUAAAGAGUGGGCUCAAAAGAAAGGAGAUGUGUUUGCACACAAAUCAACAGAGGUCCAAGCAACACUAUUCAGCACAUUUGAUACAAGAGCAAUGAAAGGCAUGGUAUAUCUCGCACCGUCUUGUCCAAAAGUCCCAGGUUGUCCAGGUUUCCCUUCUGCUCCAAAUCCACAAGUUGCAUAUUAUGGGUCAUGUGCAACCAGGCUUGUUCCUUCAAGCCCCCAAGUUUCUGCAAUACCAGGAUUCCCGUCAAUCCAAGAGGAAAAAACAGAUCAAAUAGUUAUCUCUAAAAAUGUAUUUGUUGAAAAUCUACAGAAGACUAUUGAGUUUAGAGUUAGAUCUUCAACAGUCAUUUUAGGAAAUUCAGAUGACAAUGUUUCUCUGGUUCCUUCCUGUCCAAGAGCAGCAAGAAAUCCAGGCUUUCCAUCAGUUCCUCGAUACAGCAUGAAUGAUUUUAUAUCUUUAUGUCCUAAUCUAUCAAGGAUUCCUGGGUUUCCUUCUCUUCAAGUCAACUUAAAAGCCAACUGGAUUGCUGGUGACUUGUUAGUCAAAUGUGAACGGUCUGAAAAAAUUGCUGUUGUUGAAGGUAUUACAAAUCUUGAUGAGAAAACAUCAAAUAAAAUGUUGUCAUUAUUGUCAUGUUGUCCCAAUGCUUCCACGAUCGUUGGUUGUCCUUCUGCUCCUCGUACUACCACUGAAUUUAACAACUCUCGUCUGGUGCCAUGCUGUCCCCGUGUUUCACUUCAACAAGGAUUUGCCUCUCUAACAAUUUCACCAAGUGCACUUUGGCCCACGCGUGCAACAAAACCACUUUGGGAUGGUUCUCAUAAGAGAGCAAAAAAGAUAAUAAUAAACGCUGGGCCUACCCACCUAGAAACCCUCACAGCACAAAGUAUGGUUAAGAUGGUCCUGUCUUGCCCAAAAGAAGCCCGGGUGCUGGGCUUUCCGUCUGCUCCAGUUCUCAAUAGGCCGCCCAGCAUAUUGAGUCUUUAUGCAUGCACGCCUUGUGUCUCAUGUUUACCUGGUUUUCCAUCAGCGAGGAUGUUAAACACAGAUUGUCUACCUUCAACUGUGCCACCAAAGCUGAACCCGCUAUUUGAAAGACCGUAUAAUAGAAAAGCGUGCACAAUAAAACAUGAAACCAACCUGGAAGGAAACAAGCAUGCCGUAGAUAUGGCACCACUGUGUCCUCAACUGGCCAAAGCCCCAGGAUUCCCCAGUAUUUUGCAGUUAAGUGACUCUGACAAAGAUGCCCAGAUUGGUAAUGGUUCUGAAGAAUUGUCUGAUGUCCCAAUCGCUCAAGUCGUAGCAAGUGAGAGGAUUCUUGCAGAACAAGACCUACCUUUACCUUGUGCCGAAAAAACUAAUGAAGAUGGGGAAACUAGCCAUCCAGUGUCUCCUGCAAAGGGCUUACAAGAAUUUCUUCCAGGAGAAUCAGAGUCCUUGGUUCCUUGUACUGUCAAAGAAACAAUGGAACCCUUAGAACCUUUCAAGGAGAACCUUCAGAAAAUGAAAACAGGACUGAUUGGAUCUGGGACAUCUCUCCCCACUGAUGGUUAUCCUUUAGAUGAAUCACAGGUCCCAGCCAAAUCUAAAGAACCAAACACUACAUUAACACCAGAUGGUGACAGUUAUAAAAAGGCUCAAACAUUUGCCCCUGAAAACUCUGAAGAAUUUACAAAACAAUCUUGUUUAAAGGAGAUUCCCAUUGCCCCUUUGCCCACCCUCAGCACAGAGGAGUCAUAUGAUGUAAAAAAUGAUAUGGCUGUUGUUCGUGACCUAGUAGUACAGACUGGUGAAACCGAAAAAGAAAAGCUUGAGAUGACAGAAACAAAGAAGGACACGUUUGAUAUGUCAGAACCAGGUUGGGAGGUAUUGGAAGCAGAGGAAACAUUAACAGAGCAGCAGGCUGAAACAUCCCCCCAUCUUUUUAAAUCAAUUGUAGAUGUCUUUCAGAAAGGUUAUGAUUCAGUAGCUACUAUGUUGGGGCCACCUAGCUCUACUUUAGCGGAGGAUCACCAACACUCGAAGACCACCUCAUCCAUGAGCCUGCAGGACAGGACAGUUCCACCUGCGCAGGACAAAAGCAAUGUCAUGCCAAGAGUUUCUUCAGAGAGGCAGUUUAUGAACACUGACAAGAAAGUAGGAGGUGCUCAGCCGACCUCAUGGGACUUGCUUGAGAAGCGGUCAUGUUCUGUCCCUUUAUCCACGCAAGAUGACGGCUUUCCAGUUUGGGCAAGAUUCAAGAAAUGGCCACCACUCACUGCAGAAGAUAUACCAAAUGAGAGUUUUGAAGAGACUGAGAAAAAGACUGAGAAGGCAGAAGAAGUUAAAGAAGUGUUUCUGGUCAUAGGGCAAGAUUCGGUUUGCUCUGAGGAGGACAGUGAAGGAUGGUUAGUACAGCAGCUGACUGAGGCAGAACAGGAUGAUGUUAAAACAGUGUUGACCUGCACUGAGCUGGACACAGGGUGAGUGCACCAUGAAAAUGUUGCAUGGUACGAGCAACUGUCACUAUUCCAUGUCCCUUUGUGAUGAAGCCAAGGCCAAAUAAAAUGGUUGCUUGACAAGUUCUGCAGAGUAAUAGACACUGACGUGGGAAGGGGUGGUGUUGUAAGUUUGUGUAUGGUUGGAGUAUUUUUGAAAGCAGUGUAACGUUGUCUUGUGUCUUUGUGGUAUUUAACGCUUUUCUGAGCUUUCUGGAAUGUACUUAACUGUGAAAAGCAGUGUAUAGCCAUAAUAAUUGUGUUUAGGAGUGGCUCUGUUUUAGUUUCACAGACAGAAUGAUGUUUAAUUAAAUUCUGAAGCUUAUCUUUUUCUUUC